AUGUCAAACGCAGGACCAAGUCGAAGAUAUGACGGAAGGCGAUCAGACGAAAUGAGACCUUUGGUCAUAUCAAUAGGUGAAUUGGACAGAGCAGAUGGUUCAGGUAGAUUUGGAUUUGGCUCAACCGCAGCAUUGGCAAGUUGUUCAGGACCUCUGGAAGUUAGAUUGAACAAGGAAUUACCCACGAAAGCGACUUUGGAAAUCUCUCAUAGACCUCUCGAAGGUGUAGGAGCAACACCGUCCAGAGCAUUGAUAACGACACUCGAAUCAAUCUAUCCAUCAGUGCUGAAACUAUCAUCUCAUCCUAGAUCCUUGAUUCAGAUAAUCGUUCAAUCACUUUCUUCAUCCUCCACAUCCUCAACGUCAUCUUUCAAUACAUACAAUACUCCUUCAGUAUAUAUCGAUACUGAUGCCAGUGAAGAAGGAGAACCUAAUACGUGGCCUAAGCCAAAAAAUCAAUCUUCAUUCCCAUUAGAAGAGGUUUCUUCUCCGAUCGCAUCAUACACGUUUGCAUCAAGAUCAGCAUCGAUAAAUGCUUCUACUUUAGCUAUAUUAUCCAAUGGAUCAAUACCGAUGACUUCAUUGCCUAUAUCGAUAAGUGUAGCUUGUAUCGAUUCUACUCAAGGACAACAAGUGAAAGGCGAUUUGAUUGUCGAUCCUACAGUCGAAGAAGAAUCCAGAGCUAAAAGCAGAUUUGCUUUCGCUUGGGCUUUUGGAAAAAACAUAUCUAUGAUCAAAAAGGAUGAUAAAGAUUCCGAUGUUGACGUCAAGAUGGAAUUGGAUCAGAACGAUAGAGAAGAUGAAAUGGAAUUGAUCUGGGUAGAAAGUGAAGGUAAAUUUAAUAAGGAAACAUUCUCAGACGCAUUAGAAUUAUCCAAAAUCGCUUGUAGGACAAUACUAAGUGAGAUAAGAGAGAAAUUAGGUCAAGAACUGGAGUCAAAGACAUUACAAUGA